AUGCCUGGAUCGCCUGUGGAAGUGAAGAUACAGUCAAGAUCUUCUCCUCCAAGCAUGCCACCACUGCCACCUGUGAACCCAGGCGGACCCCGGCCACUGUCGUUCACUCCUACGGCAUUGCCCAAUGGGAUUAACCAUUCUCCCCCCACGCUGAAUGGGGCACCCUCUCCACCCCAAAGAUUCAGCAAUGGUCCUGCCUCAUCAUCGUCGUCCUCACUGACCAAUCAGCAACUCCCAGCAACCUGUGGGGCCCGGCAGCUCAGCAAACUCAAGCGCUUCCUUACCACCCUUCAGCAGUUUGGCAAUGACAUUUCACCAGAGAUUGGGGAGAAGGUCCGGACCCUUGUCCUAGCGCUAGUGAAUUCUACAGUGACAAUUGAGGAAUUUCACUGCAAGCUCCAAGAGGCCACCAACUUCCCUCUUCGUCCCUUUGUGAUUCCAUUUCUGAAGGCCAACCUUCCCUUGCUGCAGAGGGAGCUGCUGCACUGCGCCCGGGCUGCCAAGCAAACGCCUUCCCAGUACCUGGCCCAGCAUGAGCACAUCCUACUGAACACAAACACCACGUCCCCAGCCGACUCCUCUGAGCUGCUGCUGGAGGUGAAUGGAAAUGGGAAGAGACAUAGUCCAGACAGAAGAGAAGAAAAUAGCUUUGAGAGAGACCCGCUCCCGUCGGAGCCGCCGGCCAAGAGAGUGUGCACCAUUAGUCCAGCUCCGCGGCACAGCCCUGCCCUGGCUCUACCCCUCAUGAAUCCUGCUGGGCAGUUCCAUCCAACCCCACCUCCACUCCAGCACUACACCUUGGAAGACAUCGCAACUUCCCACUUGUACAGAGACCCCAACAAGCUCUUGGAACAGAGGGAUAUGCGCGACAGACAUAGCAAUCUCGGUUUAAAUGGAGGCUAUCAGGAUGAGCUCGUGGACCAUCGCCUAACAGAGAGAGAGUGGGCUGAUGAGUGGAAGCAUCUCGAUCACGCUUUGAAUUGCAUCAUGGAAAUGGUGGAGAAGACUAGGCGCUCCAUGGCUGUUCUGCGGCGCUGUCAGGAGGCUGACCGGGAGGAGCUCAACUACUGGAAGAGGCGGUGCAGCGAGAGUGCAGAGACAAGGAAGGGAGGGAGUGAAUUCAUCUCGAGGCAGCACAGUCCCGGGAGCUCUGACUCCAUCAGCAGUGAUUCCCAGCGGGACUUUAGCAGCAGGUCAGGGACGGGCUAUGUUACUGAAGAGAUAUGGAAAAAAGCUGAAGAAGCCGUGAAUGAGGUGAAGCGCCAGGCCAUGUCUGAGGUGCAGAAAGCUGUGGCUGAGGCAGAGCAGAAGGCAUUUGAAAUGAUUGCAUCCGAGAGGGCCCGCAUGGAACAAACCAUUGCAGACGCAAAGCGCCAAGCUACUGAGGAUGCCUUCCUCAUAAUUAAUGAGCAGGAAGAGUCUACAGAGAACUGUUGGAAUUGCGGUCGCAAAGCCAGUGAGACAUGCAGCGGAUGCAACAUUGCCCGGUACUGUGGCUCUUUCUGCCAGCACAAAGACUGGGAGCGACAUCAUCGGAUCUGCGGACAAGGAUUACACAACCAGGCCAAGCCGCUUUCCCUGCCAGCAGGGCGAUUGGCAGCAGCCACCGCCAAGCCAGCCGAUGGGGUGCCAAGCCCCGCCCUAGAGAAGACCUCUGCAACGACCUCUCGAUCCUCUACCCCAGCUUCCGUGACAGCAAUAGACACUAAUGGACUCUAA